AUGGUGGUGCCCGAGGCGCAGAUGAAGGAAGCGAAGGCCCUCCACUUCCCGCUGCGCCGCGCGUGGAUGUUGCUCGCGUCAUACAGGCAGCCGCGCAGCGUGGCGGCGUUCGGCGCGGUCUCGACGAGUGUGGUGGCCUGGCAGGGGAACAUUGCUGGGCUCGGGCGCGCCAGCUCGCUGCUGCUGCUGCUGCUGACCCUGCGGGCCCUCCAGCGCGCCCGCGCCAUUGCCCCGACGGUGACGCCGAGGGGGCUGGUCGACGACGUCACCCUCGACUGGCAGGGGCCCGAGGAUGAGAGCGGCGGCGAGCUGGCGAAGGCGUUGGGCCACUUCACCGACAGCAUGGAGAACCUGAAGCUGGCGCUGCAGCCCGAGAAGUCGGGCCACCUGGCCUCGUCGAGGCGCCGCGCCCGAAUCCUGAGCCCACGCAUGCAGUGGAUCGGCCUGAAGGGGGAGCUGUGGGCGUGCAACCUGGGACACGAGCUACACAGCCGCAAGGUUGGCCAUGAUGCUGCGGCGAGCAGCGGGACGCCGAACUGCUGCCCUUAUUGCCUCGGGGAUCUCCCCCUUUCCGCGGGCCACGGCGCCGGGGUGGCUGGCUUGGCCGAUCGGCCGCUGGCGCAGCUGCGCACGUUGGCUGCGGCCACUGCUGGUGCCAAAGCUGGCUGCGGCACGGCGGUGGUCAUGGUGCUGCGGGACCGCGUUGACUACGACCCGAUGUUCGCGGCCACGGUCCCGCUGGUGGGCCCCCUCGGCGCCACCCGAUUGUCGCUGGAGCGCGUGAGCGGGGGCAUGGCUUCGGAUUGGGCACCGCGCGGCGAUCGCAGGGAGCUCAUCUCGCUGCUGAGGGUGCCGCCGCGGGGCGUCAAGGACUCCCUGGUGGAGGACAUGCAGCGCUGGCAGCGCAGGCGCCUCGCCAGCCAUCUCCCCGAGGGCCGAGGAGAAGCCCCGUGGCCCAGAGCGGCGCGGGCCAUCGCCGCCAGGAUGCGAUCGGCCGCCGAGAAGGGUGCCCUGCGGGCCUUGAGGGCAGGGGGGCACGACACCAAUGUCUGGCAGCGUGCGCAUGGCUUCCUGGACCAGGAGGCCUGCCUAGCAUGCGGAGCCCAGCGAGACGCGCCCAUGCAUCGCCAGCGCGAGCGCCCCGCAACGAUGCAGCCCCGCGACGAGGAGCUCGAGCUGGAAGAGCCCCUCCACAAGCCGCUGCAGACGGUGAGGAGGCAGCUGGAGGAGGCCGAGAGGCUGUGGACCACCGGCGACAGCGAGUUGCCCCCGGCCCACGGCCUCCCUCUUGCGCCGACAUCCCCAGCUGCGGCGCCCGACCAGGCGCAGUGCGGCGCCCUGCCUGGGGCUCCUCAGACGGUGGGCCGCGCGGAGGGGCACGCCUGCCUCAGCCCGCGGCAGCAAAAGGGGGACCGCCGGCCCAUCGCGAGCGACUUGUCGGCCCUGGUCAAGGAAGGGAGCGAGAGGGGGGCGUCGCUGCCGCCGGCGCUGCGGCACGGCAUGCAG